CAUAUCCUUUUUUUUUUUUUUUUUAAUUGGAAUCCACCCGAUAGAUCAAGAAGGUAAAAAAAAAAAUGGAGAAAAUGAAGAGCAUAAUAAAGCCAAAACCAAAUCCGCAACAGCAGUUGAGAGAUUGGCAGCGUAGGCUCCGCCAGGAGUGUCGCAACAUCGAGCGUCAAAUCCGAGAUAUCCAGAGAGAAGAGAAGAAUGUACAGAAAGCUAUUAGAGAAGCAGCCAAGCGAAAUGACAUGGGCUCUGCUAAGGCACUUGCUAAGGAAAUUGUCAGGUCUAGAAGAACGGUGAAUCGUCUUUAUGAAAAUAAGGCACAACUGAAUUCAAUAUCGAUGCAUCUUGGGGAAAGUGUGGCCAUUGCUCGUACAGUUGGGCAUCUGUCCAAGAGUGCUGAGGUUAUGAAGCUUGUCAAUAACCUUAUGAAGGCUCCAGAAGUUGCUGCUACAAUGCAAGAAUUCAGCAAAGAGAUGACCAAGGCAGGGGUUAUUGAAGAGAUGGUCAAUGAUUCGGUUGACGCUGCACUUGACUCUGAAGAUAUAGAAGAAGAGACUGAAGAGGAAGUUGAUAAGGUGUUGACUGCAUUAGCUGGUGAAACUGCAGCGCAGCUUCCAGAAGCAGUCAGGAAGGAAAAGCUCAAGCAGCCUGUUCAGACAGCAGGAGCUUCGAUAGAGGAAGAAGCUAUUGCUGAGGGAGUUGAUGAUGAGGAAGAACUAGAAGAAAUAAGAGCCCGACUUGCCAAAGUCAGGUCAUAAAUCAACCAUUCUGUCACUGCAUUUUCCUUGUUUUUCAGAUAAAAGGGAGGGUGUUCCCAUUCAGCUUCUUGGUGGGAUUGAGAUUGUUGUGUAUAACAUCCAAUUUUAACAUUGGGAAUGAGUACGUGCAUGAGUGUUCACGUGUACUAAUUAGCAGAAGCAACAGUUUUAUUAAUCAGAUAGUGUUAUGGAUUGUAAUUUGUGUAAUAAUCACUGGAUCUUAGUGAAAAGCAAUGCGUUGGGCUACAUGUUCAUUGUUUAGUGAACAUCUGUGUUAUAUUGAAAUUGGCAUAGUUGAAGGUGGAACUGUUAUUGAAUUG